GCUGUCGGGCAGCGCAUGGAGCGGGGCGGGCGGCGGCGCAGCGAGGCGGAGGAGGCGGAGAAGGGCAGGAUGAAGCGGACAAUAAUUAAAGAUUGGAAAACAAGACUGAGCUAUUUCCUGCAGAACUCCUCCAAUUCUAAAAUGAAAUCAAAGAAAGUGGGGAACCAUCGCACUUACUUCAGACCUUCCCCUGAAGAAGCCCAGCUGUGGUCAGAAGCCUUUGAUGAACUUCUUGCUAACAAAUAUGGUCUUGCUGCUUUCCGAGCUUUUCUGAAGUCCGAGUUCUGUGAGGAGAAUAUUGAGUUCUGGCUGGCCUGUGAGGACUUCAAGAAAACCAAGUCACCCCAGAAGCUGACAUCAAAGGCAAAAAAAAUUUACAAUGAUUUCAUUGAAAAGGAAGCUCCCAAAGAGAUAAACAUAGACUUCCAAACAAAGAACAUGAUUGCACAGAAUAUUCAAGAAGCCACGCAUACCUGCUUCAGUGCAGCGCAGAAGAGAGUUUACAGCUUAAUGGAGAAUAACUCAUAUCCACGGUUUUUGGAAUCUGAGUUCUAUCAGCAGCUGUGCAAGAAGGCGCCCAUCACCAGAGCAGUCCAGGGGACAUGAGCAAUGGAGGAGAGCGCAAAGAUGCCUCUUGGCUAGCGGGGAAGCAAGCCACAGCUGAUGGCAGCAUCCUGUCCUAAAAGACUGAGAUACCCAGUGCUCAGUAUGUUUGCCAUGGUGCAAGGACAAAUGCUGACUUUGGUGCAAUGCUGAUGGCAAAGAGUGGUGCUGUUGGAGGGCAUUCAGAGGUGGUGGCAGGAGCGUGCCAGCCAGCUGCUGGCAGCGCACUGUGCUGCGAGUGCUGCAGUGAAAGGUAACUGUGCAUUAGACCAACCAUACAGUGUAAAAGCCCUUCUGUCCCAGCUGAGGUGGUGAUGCAGCAGGUCAGAGCGGAGCUGCCUCCUUGUAAACAGAAGCUGCUCUGCAGUUGUGCACCUUUGGGAACUUGAGUAAUUGGUUAUGUAUGUAUUUUUCCUAAACAUCAACUGGUGUUGCUCUUGUCAGUCACUUGGUGUGUUCAUACCAGUUCAGUAAACUGCCUCUAGUUGCAGAGAUGUGUUGGGGUUUCUGAGUGACCUCCAGGCAGUAACAGUGCUGCGCAGCGUGAAGUGACAAGGGACAGCUCUGUUCUGCAACUGAAAUACACGGGGCUGGAUUGUGUCAAUGGGGCUGCACAAGGCCAGACUGAGGGCAGAACUUGGCCAAGGCGAGCAGGAGCUGUAUAGUAUUAUAUUUAUAUUUGGAUUAUGAUUGUGUUGAAUGCUGCAAUAAUGUCAUAAUUCUGUCUUGAGGACAGCAAGCUUCAGUGAAGUCUCUUACUGUUUUUUAAUAAAAUUUUGAUACAGA